AUGUCUUACUACGAGCAGUGCAAGCAGCCCUGCCUGCCCCCUCCCAUCUGCGUGCAGAAAUGCGGGAAGUGCGUGGAGCCCUGUAAGACGGUGUGCGUGGAGCCCUGCCCCUGCCCCGCGCCCUGCGUGGAGGUCUGUGCCACCCCCUGCGCCACCCAGUGCGCCACCUCCUGCAGCACCCAGUGCGUGGAGCCUUGUCCCACCCAGUGCACGCCCUGCGUGGAGGUCUGCCCGACGCCCUGUGCCACCCAGUGCUCCACCUCCUGCAGCACCCAGUGCGUGGAGGUUUGCCCCCCCAAGUGCAUCGACGUCUGCGUGAAGCCCUGUGCCCCUCAGUGCCCGCCCCAGUGCGUCGAGCCCUGCCCCACCAAGUGCGUGGAGCCCUGCCAGGCCCCGUGCGUGGAGGUGUGUGCCACCAAGUGCCUGGAGUCCUGUGAGACCGUGUGCCUGGAGCCCUGCAGCACCGUCUGCUCUCGCCCAUGCUAA